AAACCCUUUUUAAACCCCUGUUCAUGAAUUUGCAACAAGACAAGAGUAGCAUGUGAUACACACAUUCAUAGAUAACUAGGUUGUUAUAACAAUGAGUUCGAUCUCAAAGCAUCUGAAUCUCUCGGUUUUCACUCGAACCCGCUCUCUAUUUCCCGUGCCGGGCUGCGGAAGCAAUGCACUGUAUACAACUGCCUCUUCUGGUAGUGAAUCUGAUGCUGAUAAAGUUGAUGACUUUAUUCCGCCGAAACAAGAGUUGCAUUUACAGACUGUCGAUCCCCGAAAAGGCUGGGAUUUUCGCGGUGUGCAUAAGGCAAUUAUAUGUGGAAAAAUUGGGAAUGUUCCUGUUCAGAAGAUUCUGAGAAAUGGUCGAACUGUUACCAUCUUUACAGUUGGGACAGGAGGUAUGUUCGAUCAAAGACUAUUGGGAACUAGAGACUUGCCAAAGCCAGCUCAGUGGCAUAGAAUUGCUGUGCACAAUGAUGACCUCGGCGCUUAUGCAAUCCAAAAACUUGUCAAAAACUCUUCAGUUUAUGUGGAGGGUGAUAUCGAAACCAGAGUCUACAAUGAUAGUAUCAAUGGUACUGUUAAGAACAUACCAGAGAUCUGUGUACGUCGUGAUGGUAGGAUUCGUCUUAUAAAAUCAGGUGAAAGUGUCAGCAAUAUUUCUUUGGAUGAACUACGAGAGGGAUUGCUCUAGUUUAAAGUUGAGCUUUUCUGAACUGAAAAAGUUUUAGCAGCUGCAGAAUAAGGUGUCUGGAUAUUGAGUAACGCUGUAUACUGAUCCAAUUAGAUUUUAUUGUAACUGAAAAAGAAUUGGUAUCGUUUUGUGGUUGUUCUUAUUCUCAAUUCAGAUACUCUCACUCUCUCAGCAGCUUGCAAUAUGUUUCUAGCUGUUACUUCAGUUAAUUAAGUAUAAUGCCUAGUACUCUUAUGUACAUGUAAUUGAUUAUAAAAUUCAUAUUUGAACAAUCAA